GGAACAGCUCUUACAUGUCAGUCACAUCAGUUCGCGGCUUUGGGUAGGCCUUCCUUCUUGAUCAACCAAACUCUACAUAUCGACUCGAGAUGGCACCCAAGAAAGCCAAGAGGAGGCAGGCAGCUGAGGGUGGCUCCUCCAACGUGUUCUCCAUGUUUGAGCAGAGCCAGAUUCAGGAGUACAAGGAGGCUUUCACAAUCAUCGACCAGAACAGAGAUGGCAUCAUCAGCAAGGAUGACUUGAGGGACGUGCUGGCCUCCAUGGGCCAACUGAAUGUGAAGAAUGAGGAGCUGGAAGCCAUGAUUAAAGAAGCCAGCGGCCCCAUCAACUUCACCGUCUUCCUCCAGAUGUUCGGAGAGAAGCUGAAGGGUGCUGAUCCCGAGGACGUUAUCGUGAGCGCUUUCAAGGUUCUGGACCCUGAGGGUACUGGCACCAUCAAGAAGGAAUUCCUUGAGGAGCUCCUGACCACUCAGUGCGACAGGUUCUCUAAAGAGGAGAUGAAGAACUUGUGGGCCGCCUUCCCCCCUGAUGUGGCUGGCAACGUAGAUUACAAGAGCAUCUGCUACGUCAUCACACACGGAGAGGAGAAGGAGGAGUAAAACCAUCCCUUCCUUUUCCACCUUUCCCUCGCACACCCCUUCCUUCCCCUGCUUCCUUCCACUCCUUUGUUUGCCCACUCGCUCCCACCUGUCCUCACGCAAAGACUCGUCGCCUUCUUACUAAGACCUUGAGGGCUGGGAGGGCAGCGAGUGGGUUUGUAUGUCUGUGUCUCUGGGGAAAUUAGAUUAUUUUCAAUUAAAUAAUCUUAUAAAGUCAAUCUCUCUCCCUUUCUCCAGUUUCUUCUCCUCCUCUCUCCAUCUUUCUGCAUCUCCUCCUGUUGAUUUCACUGGCACUUGCGUCACAAGUUUAUUAUGUUUAUUAUGUAACAUAAUUAAUGUGUUGUCCUUUCGGAGAACUAAAUUUAUCUCUCCAUGCCUGUUUAUCUACAGAAGGAGAGUAAACCAGAGGGGUUUACUCUACAAUAGAAGACAAUUACCCUCCUCAAUUUUGUUCUCUCUCUCCUUUUGGGGGGAAGAGAGAGAGAGAAAGACAAAGGUAGACAGAGAGAGAAAAGAGAUGAACAAAAAGGCAGAGUCUCCUUAAAGUGAUGGCUACCUUUCAGAGAGAGAGAAAGAUUGUGAAAGAGAGGAAGAGGAAAAGGUGUGAAAGAAAACAUACUAUCUUCGCUCCCUUUUCCUCUUCUUCUCGUCUCCCCCUUUCCGUCUUUCCCUAAUCCCAUGUGCGCAUUUCUCAUUCCCUAUAAUUUGCCGAAAAUACGAACACACCUGUAACAAAUAAAGAGGACUAGCUGUGAAUAAAA